CUGAGUUUAAUGCGCAUGCGCAAUGACUCGGGACAUGCCCCACGUAUUGAAAAUUGUGUCGGCUCCUUCAUCAACUCAUAUCGUGGGAAGUUUUCGACAUAAAAAUGCCAGUUUUGCGAAAUUUACUUCGUGGUUUUACCAGAGGGGCCAACAGACACAAGGAGAUGACGAGUAAACGCGGAAAUAAGAAUUUUCAUCCCAACACCUCUCGCAUACAGCCCACUGGAUAUGGCGUUAGAACUACCUGGAGGAAUGUAAAAGAAAUGAUUCCAGAGAUUGUGGUGCCUAGUCUAGACGAUUUCCCGCUGAAGGCUUACGUGUCCUACAAGUGCCCAGACACACAGCAAGACCCUGUCACCCCCCGCGACAUCUUCGACAAGUGUGUGGCCCCGAAGGUGCUUGAAGAUUUGGAGAGCGGUAAAUACGAUAGUGAAAAAUUGUUGUCAUCUCCGGCGAGCGAGGGCAAGUCAUGACAGCCUGAUAGCUGAUGAAAGGACAGUAUAAAUUAUGCCUGGCUUGAAGGCUUGUAAUGAUAGAAAGAGACUGGUCGUAUCUUUAAGAAAGUUGUUAUUAGAGACGUAAUUACAGAGAGAAAAGAAAAGGAAUUGUUGCAUUUUUAUCGUUCACAAAUUCUCCUUGGAAGACUGGCUGAUAACUAGUCUGCAGGCACAGACCCUGAUUGAAACUUUGAUCAACUAGUGAGUCUUCAGACAAAGACUAUCACAUAUAAAAAUUGUUGUAUGC